CAAACAUUUCCGUAAUCUACCGCUUUCCUCGUUUUAGAGUUAUUUCUGGGGUUUUUUUUACCGAACGACAGCAUGGUGGAAGGUCCGGGCUGCACGUUAAACGGAGAGAAACUCCGCUCCAGAGUGAAAAAGGGCCAGAAGGUGAAAGAAAUCCGAGGCGGCGGACUGAAAACUACAAACGACGCUUUCCGCUGUUUCCUCGGCUGCCAGUUCACCCACGUCCAAACCCUGGGAAAGGAGCUCUUCAUGUACUUUGGUCCGAGAGCUCUCAGGAUCCACUUCGGGAUGAAUGGAUCCCUGCGUAUAAACGCCGCCGAGCGGCGGGACCGGACGGGCUCGGCCCCGGUGCUGGAAAUACGCCUCACCGACGACACGGUGCGCUUCUUUGACAGCACGGUGGAAAUCAGGCUGACGGAGGACUGCGAGCAGAGGGUGGAGGCCACGGAGAGCCUGGACCUGUGCUCCUCCAGGUUCAGCGCCUCCCGCUGCGAGCGGGCCGUGAGGAGCCAGGGCGGCAGGAUGCUGUGCGACGUCCUGCUGGACCAGGCCGUCAUGCCGGGAGUGGGGAACAUCAUCAAGAACGAGGCCCUGUUCGACUCCGGCCUCCAUCCGGCCGUCAAGGUUCGGCAGCUGACAGACGAGCAGAUCCGCCACGUGGUGAAGAUGACUCGAGACUUCACUCUCCUGUUUUACAAGUGCCGUAAGUCCGGCUCCCCUCUCCACAAACACUUCAAAGUCUACAAGCGUCCCCGGUGCGGCCGCUGCUCCCACGCCACCACCGCCUGCCGCCUCGGGGACAACGGCAGGAUGACGUACCUGUGUGAGAGCUGUCAGAGCGGAGAUCCCAGCACGCUCGACGUCAGUAAGCUCCCCGUCAGGAACCCCCUGAUCGGCUGGGCCGGCGGCGGGAGCGGCGCCGACGCCGCCGUGGCCCGGGAGGAGGAGGAGGACUGGGCCUGCCGCCUCUGCACGCUGGUCAACCGGCCGGCGGCGAGCGCCUGCGACGCCUGCCUCACUCCCAGACCCGCCGUCAGCAGAGACGCGGCGGCGCCGUCCUCCACGCCGCUGAUCCGAUACCCCUGCAACGCCUUCAGGAAGCCACCGGAGGCGCCGAGAGUCAACUGGAGGUCUGCGUUCGGGACUUCCACCCUCGUUCUCUCCGACUUGAGCGAGAAGCCGAAGCCUAUAAACCCGCUGCCGCUCUCCUCAGCCGACAGCCGCUCCAAUUCCUUGGCGGCGGAGCGCGGUUUGUAUAACUACGGCGUCUGCCAAGGGACAACAAGCCCCAAUUCUGCCUCCGGCGGGGAAUCGCCGGCCUCCUGCGGUCAGCCGUCCAAGAAAAUGAGAAUGGAUCACAGUCCCGCUCCCAGCAGCGGCGCCGCGGACGGAGGCCUCCACUCACGGAUGGCGGCGGAGCGGCCCGCGGACCCGGGUCCCAGCGCUCCUCGCUGUGCGUCGCACCGCCGUCCAGCUGUUCUCCGAGUGGUCCACAAGGACGGCGAGAAUAAAGGACGCCGCUUCUACGCCUGCUCGCUCCCCACGGGGACCAGAUGCAACUUCUUUGAGUGGGCAGACCUGCACUUCCCCCUCUGUCACCACGGGAGACGCUGCCUAAUGAGGACGGUUCUGAAACUAGGACCCAACAACGGCAGGAAUUUCUACACCUGCGGCUCGGCGAGGGGGAAGCAGUGCGGCUUCUUCCAGUGGGCGGCGGACGGACCCGGCGUCUGACGGCUCCCCUGCAAAUGAAGCUACACAGCCUGGUCAUCUGAUGUCUUCAUAUAAAUAAAAGGUCUAUUAAUAAUAUGACGUUCAAUUUAUUGGAGAGUUUCUGAUGAGUGAUACACAAAGUUCGGCUUUCGUCUUAGCUGGUUGUUAUUACUGCGCUACUGCCAGGUUUAUUUUCUACAUGUCAGCAGAUGUU